CGGAGUUACUCAAACAGAUCGGCCAUGUACAAUAGAAUCCCUAACACUAAAGUAAAAUAAUCUUCGAUGUUAAAGUACUAAUAUGGUAUUCAAACAUAAAAUAUGAAAAAGGAAAAAAUAGAGAAAAAAAAAGAGAAGAAAAAUUCUGAAUGGCCGUUGGCAAACCGUUAGAAGCAGGCAGCGAAGACGAACCACUCCCUCCAAGUUUCAGUUAAAAAGCCGCAUCGACUCAAAUUUCUCAUCCAUUUUCUCGAACUUCGUCGCAGAAGAAAGCUCAGAAAUUAAUGGUUGUUUCUGCAAAUUCAUGGCAGCCAUGGCCCUCAAUUCCGCCGACUCUUCUCCUCCGCCACUGCGAAACUCAGAGCGAGGUGAAUCAAAUCCACGCCAGAAUCAUCAAGUCCGGAUGCCUAAAAAAUUCGUCACUCACGACCAGAAUCAUCCUCAAUUCCAUUUCUUCUCCCCACAGACCGCUCGUCGAAUUCGCUCGCUACGUCUUCUUCACUCGUUAUGCUGUUGAAAGAAUUCGUCGGAAUCGGCGGGACGACGACGACCCGUUUCUCUGGAAUGCUGUGAUCAAAUCGUAUUCACACGGGAAUGACCCCAUUCGAGCUCUGGUAUUAUUCUGUAUGAUGCUUGAAAAUGGAUUUUCUGUCGAUAAGUUCUCGUUUUCUUUGAUUCUUAAAGCCUGUGCUCGAGUGUGUUUGGUGGAGCAAGGGAAGCAGAUUCAUGGGUUGUUGAUGAAGUUAGAAAUUGGGUCGAAUUUGUUUCUGCUUAAUUGUUUGAUUACUAUGUAUUUACGGUGCGGGGAUAUUGAGUUUGCACGGCAAGUGUUCGACAGAAUGCCGAGGCAGGACUCUGUUUCGUAUAAUUCGAUGAUUGAUGGUUAUGUUAAGUCUGGGAUGGUCGAUUCGGCUCGUGAAUUGUUCGAUUCUAUGCCAUUGGAGGAUAAGAAUUUGAUCUCUUGGAACUCGAUGAUUGGUGGGUUUGCUCAAACAGAAGACGGUGUGGAGUUUGCAUUGGAACUGUUUGAGAAAAUGCCUGAGAGAGAUUUGGUUUCUUGGAACACGGUAAUUGGUGGUUUUGCUAAAUGUGGGCGCAUAGAAUUUGCUCAUAGCUUGUUCAAUCAAAUGCCGAGAAGAGAUGUAAUCAGUUGGUCUAAUUUGAUUGAUGGUUAUGCCAAACUGGGUAAUAUCGAGGUUGCGAGGAACCUGUUUGAUGAAAUGCCUGAGAAAGAUGUGGUUGCUUGUAAUGCAAUGAUGGCUGGCUAUGUGCAAAAUGGUUAUUGCACAAAAGCUUUAAAAAUAUUUAAUAUGAUGCAAAGCCAAAGCAACUUAUCUCCUGAUAAAACGACGUUGGUGAUCGCGUUGUCUGCUGUUUCUCAGUUAGGACGCAUUGACAAGGCUGCGAGUAUACAUAGUUAUUUGAUUGAAAAUGGCUUUUCUUUGAUGGGUAAGGUUGGUGUUGCUCUCAUUGACAUGUAUUCUAAAUGCGGUAGUAUCAAUAAUGCCAUGUCAAUAUUCGAAGGCAUCGAAGAAAAGGGUAUCGACCAUUGGAAUGCCAUGAUUAGUGGAAUGGCAAGAAAUGGUCUGGGUGAGUCGGCUUUUGAUAUGCUCGUGGAGAUGCAGAAGCUUUCAGUGAAACCAGACGAUAUCACUUUCAUCGGUGUGUUGAAUGCAUGUGCGCAUGCCGGGUUGGUGAAAGAAGGGAUGAUUUGUUUCGAGUUGAUGAGAAAAGUUCAUAAGUUAGAGCCAAAGCUACAGCAUUAUGGAUGCAUGGUGGACAUCCUUGGCAAAGCAGGGCUUAUAGAAGGAGCAUUGAAAUUCAUUGAAGAAAUGCCCAUUGAGCCCAAUGAUAUCAUAUGGAGGACUUUGCUUAGUGCUUGCCAAAACCAUGAGAACUUUGCCAUUGGAGAAUCCAUUGCUAGACAUCUUAUGAGGUUGGAUUCUUGUAACUCGAGUUCUUAUGUUCUUCUUUCGAAUAUCUACGCCGGUCUCGGCCUGUGGAGUGCGGCGAGCAAGGUACGAACAAUGAUGAAGAAGAGGAAUUUAACGAAAGUUCCUGGGCGCAGUUGGAUUGAACUUGAGGGAGUUGUUCAUGAGUUCUUGGUGCAUGAUAAAUCCCAUCCACAUGUUACUGAAAUAUAUUCUGUGUUGGAUGGUUUAGGGACAUCAAAUUUGCAGGUUAUUGAUUGUAAAUGUUAGUAUGGACUGCCUAUGCACAUAUGUAAAAAUGUAGAAAAAGGUGAAGUUAUUAUAUCAAUCAUCAAUGGAUCUCGAGAUUCUAUUAGUAAA